GGUGGGGGAAAGGGUACCAAAGCCGGAAAACUUAAUCGCGGUCGCUUGCCGCUUUGGAGGGUGAAUUGACCUUGUUCGAGGAACAGACGUUGCAUAAUGUCGAAACGAAUCGUCAAGGCUGCAGCUGAUUAGAUAAAUGUACAACAUGAUGGACCAGUUUAAAUAGCAUAGCAGAUACGCUGGCCUGUGAGGACGGCGGCUGUGCAUCAAUUUUGAGAGUAGAAAGUUGAUUACAACCAGCGCGGCAACACGUGUGUAAGCUGACGUAAAUACAACGAGCAUUGCAUCUAUUGAAAAAGUAUAGGAGAGAAAUAAAUCGACGAUGCCCCUUGAGGAUUAUAAGGAUAUAGUUGGCACAUGCGCUAGCAUUACGACGAUUGGACAGUUUUUUUCAGGAGUAUUUAUUUGCAAGGACAUAGUAAAAAAGGGAUCAACAGAAAAUGUGGCAGACACACCAUUCAUCGGCGGUAUUGCCGUUUCUGUUCUUAUGUAUGUUUAUGCAAAAAUCUUGAAUGAUCCAGCAAUGGUGUCAGUGAACGUCGCUGGAAUAACGCUCAAUGUUUGUUACUUGUUGUGUUAUUAUUUAUAUACACAUGAUAAGAAAUCUGUUCUGAAACACAUAUGGAAUGCUUUUUUGAUAUGUGCUGUUUUUGUGGCAUAUGCCUGGUGGGAAGAUCCAGACUUAAUUGAACAUAGAUUUGGAAUAAUUGUAACUGUGUUACUGCUUCUUCUUAUUGGAUCACCACUUUUUUCACUUGGUGAAAUCAUAAGAAGUAAAAGCAGUGCUUCUCUACCAUUUCCGUUAAUACUGUCAGGGACAGUAGUUUCUGCAGAAUGGCUUUUAUACGGCAUUAUAAUUAAAAAUCAUUUCAUUCAGUUGCAGAAUGCAGUUGCUCUCGUAUUGAGUGCCAUUCAGCUGUCACUCUUUGUGAUUUAUCCAAGUAAACCAAAAGAAAAAGAAGAAAAGAAGAAAGAUUAAUGUAGAUGUGUUUCUAGAGUUAGCAAAUUUUUAUUACAUAUGUAUACAUUAUGUACAUAUAGUUUUAAUAUAUGGAACUGUUGGCAAGUAGAUUCCAAACUGUAAAGUGUGUUCAUUACUUGUGUUUGGUAAGUUUUAAAUUAUUUAUUGCAAUAAAACUGUUAACAUAUUUCCGAAUCUUUGUCAGAAACAGAAACACAGAUGUUGGGCAUCUCUCUCUCUCUGUCCUAGAACUUUUCAGUGUACAAUUCACACUGUAUCAAUGUAUAAUUGUGUGUUGUUUAUUGUCACCCAUUUAAAUAAUCACUUACAUUAAGAAGAGUUUGUGGCAGUUUUACAAAUGUGAAUAUCGAAUUACUGCUGCAAAACAAAAGGAGUACAAAAUAAUAGAAAAGGAAAAAUUCUGUGGAGAAAUUUCACAUGGGCACAGCUUACCUUCAGGAAGUGCAACUCCCAAUACAGCCAACAGACACACAGAAAUAGAAAAUGACAGUCAUCCCAUUUCACAAAUUCGUUCUUCAGAGCAGAAAAGAGAGAAUAAAUGGAAGACAUGGGAAUGUGUGAAAGUAAGUUAUGUGUUACACAUAGUGGGAAGCACCAAUAUAUAUUGUGUGUGUUCUGUUGGCUGUGCUGAGAGUUAACAACUUGAUUGGAUAGCCUAUCUGCGAACUGAAUUAUUAUAAAAGACCUGCAGUACACAAGACAGUUUGUGUUUACUCAUAAUAAUGCAGUGAAUCAAUGAUUUCCA